AUGGCCACCAAGGAACACAGAUCAGGUCCAUCUGAUGUCCGGCUGCAAGCCACGGCCGUCGUCUCGGGAACCUUUCUUGCUGGUGCCAUGACGGGGCUCUCGCUCAUCGCAAUUCCGGUUCUCGUCGACAUCAACCCCGACCCGGCGCAUUUGGUUCGCCAGUGGGCAAGGCUAUACGGCUAUGGCAUUCAGUACAUACCGGCGGGCGCGAUUGGGACGACGCUUUUCUACGGCCUAGCAGCCACCACCAACGCUCGCUCGGGCCGGCCGUGGCGCAUCUACGUGCUUGCCGCUGCUGCCACUAUGAGCAUUGUGCCCUUCACCUGGAUUGUUAUGGCACCGACGAACAACCUCUUAUUCGGACUCAACAGCAUGGCCGGCGGCGCAAAGGACUUGGCCGAGGUGCAUGGGUUGAUUUGGAAAUGGCGUUGGUUGCACGUAGUUCGCUCGCUGCCGCCGCUGCUGGGAGCUGUGCUGGGACUUACCGGGACGCUGGAGGAGGUUUCUGCGUAG